AUGAUCAGAAAAGAUUAAUUUCAAUUAGAAGAUUUAUAGUAUGAUUCCAAUAUCUCAACCAUUAAUUGUCAUUAACUACAAUAAUAGAAUGCUUUUCACAAUUUGAAUGUUGUUCAACUCUUUAAUUCAAAAUAAUAAGUUAAUGAUGAAACUAUUAAAAAAAUAAUGUUUGAAGCUCAAAAAUUAUCCAAUAAUCGAUAUUUAUUGAUAAAAACAAAAAAAGAUUAUAUUGAAAUAAACUAUUAUAUUUUGCUUUUUGAUCAUCAUAAUAAUCUAAAUACUAUUACAGAAGGAAUGGAAAUUCUUGUUUAUGGAAAUUUUAAUAGUGAUAAUACAAUUUGUUUCAAUUAAAAAAUUAAAAAUGAUCAUUUUUAUAUUUUGGAGCCAAAAAUCUUUAUUUCUGCUACCAAAUUAAGUAAUCUAGCAUAUUGUAGAAGGAAAUAAGUUCUCAAAGAUUUUUUUAAGAAUUAAUCCUUUGGUACAAACACAAACAAAAUAAGAGGUAAUUUUUUGCAUUAUUUGUUCUAAAAUGUUAUAAAAUCAAUUAAUGACUAUUCUGAAUAUUUUUAGUAUGUAGAUGAAUCAAAUACAGAAGAAUUAGAAUUAACUAAAAUUCCAGUUUUGUUGAGGGUACUUUGUGAGGAAAUUAAAUCAAAAUUCUUGAAAGAAAUAUAUUCCGUAAAAUAAAAGUUAGAUAAAGAAAUGGAAGCAAGUUUAUUCUAAGGAAUCAUUAACACUUUAAUUUGGAUUAAAAAAUUUGUGAUUAAGCAAUAAUCUAUUGUAUAAUAGGUUGAGGAAUAAAAAUAUGAAAUCAAAAUUAUAAAAUGGGUAGAAAAUGAAAAAAAUAUUUAAUCAUCUAUUUUUGGCUUAGUCGGAGUUGUUGAUUCGAUUAUAGAAGUUAGCCUAACUAUAGAUAAUGUUUAAUAAAAAGUGUGUAAGAUUCCAAUAGAAGUAAAAACUGGAAUUAAGUUAGCUUCUGACAGGACUUAAGUGUAUACAUAUUUGCUUUUAAUGAAUGAUCACUAUUAAUAGAAAACUUUAUUAGGAUUGAUGUUAUAUUUAAAUAAUUUAGAUUAUAAAAUCAUUCCCUUUACUUAAUUUCAAUAAAAAGACUUGUUGUUUUGUAGAAAUCACUUCAUUUCUGACUUAUUUAAUUUUAACAAAUCAGAGGAAGAUUACCAUGUUUUGCCUUCACUUUAAUUAGAAAUAAAAACAGCAGAAGAAUAGAUUAAAUGUUAGAAAUGUGGAAUUAGAGUUGCAUGCUAUGGUUUAAAUUUAUUAAAAAAUUAACCAAAAUUUGAAUUUACAAUUUAUGAAUAUUAAUAAAUGGAAAAAUAGUUUAAUGAUUAAACUAGGCAUUAUUUAAAUACUAUGCUAAAGUACCUAAGAUUAGAGAAGCAAGCAUAAAUAUGUUCUAAAAUAGAAUAUGAAAUUAAAUAAAAAUAAAGACUUAACGAUAUGUUUGAAAUCCAUUAUAUAUUAUCAUCAAAAAACACAUUUCUUGAAGAUUAAGCAAGCAAAAUAAUAAAAGACUACAUUUCUAAAAAUAAAGAAUUAACCCUUGAAUGCAAGAGAACUUAAAAAAGUUAUCAAUUCAUUUUGAAAAAGUAACCAAAUAUUAUUUAAAAAUACUUAUUAAAUCAGCCUUCUAGGUCAGAAAUUCUAUAAGAAGAUGACCUUGAAUACCUGAUUCGCAUGCAUGUUCAAGAAAAAACAGAACUAAGAGCAUUUGGUAGUCCAUUAGAGAUAGAGGAUAUACUAAUACAAAAAAUAUAACAAUCUAAUCCAUAUAAACAUUACAAUUAUAUCACAUUUGAAGUUGCAACUAAUAAAAAAUGGUAGAGAAAAAAAGAAAUUCUUAUAUUAGGUUAUACUCCUUAAUUUAGGAGUUCAUCUCAUCUUGAUGAAGGCAUAUAAACAUAUGUUUAAUAAAUAUUAGAGGAUUUUAAAUCAGGCUUAAAUGAAAAUUAAUUUAAAGCUAUUUAAUUAAGUCUAUUAGCUGAAGAUUUUGCUUUAAUCUAAGGACAUUAUGGAAAAAGGACAAUGUUAACCCAUUUAUUAUUCUUAUUAGGAUAUACAAAUAAAAAAGUAUUAUUUUGCUCUGUUGAUGAUAAUAUUUUAGAUGAAUAAAUAAAUGAUUUCAUUGAAACAUUUCCCAAUAAUUCUGAAUGGAUUUUAAGAUUAUAACGAGAAAAGGAUUAAAUCCCAGAAAAUAAUUAAAAGUAUACUUUUGAAUUUAAACGAUUCAAAGAUAUGCAAGAAAUCAAUAAUAUAUUAGAAAAUAAGCAUUUAUAUUUCUCCACUUGUUAAUAGUGUACUGAUAUUUUAUAAUCAGAUUCUUAUGAUUAUUGUAUUGUUGAUUAAUCUACAAAAAUCAUAGAACCAUUUUGUAUUUCUUGUAUCCUUAAAAGCAAAGUUUUUAUAUUAUUAUAGGAUUCAGAAAAAGAAUAACCUUAAGUUAAAUCCAAAAAAGCUAAAAUAUUAUAAAUUAGUCUCUUUUAAAGAUUAUCAUAGUAGUUUAAGAAUAUAGGAUGUCUUGUAGACUUAGAUCAGGAAAGAUCCAACAAAUAAUUUCAAUGA